AUGCGUCACGCACCACGCCGACAGAGAAGGAUGCUUCCAGCGGUCUGGAUGCGAGCUGGUACCUCCAAAGGUCUCUUCCUCCAUCAACGAGACCUGCCACCACAGCGAGAGAAAUGGGCACCGAUCAUCCUCGCAGCGAUGGGCUCGAACGACUCGGAUCCGAAGCAAUUGAACGGUGUAGCCGGAGCGACCAGCACCACUUCCAAAGUCGCCGUGAUUGCUCCAUCCGAGCGACCAGAUUGCGAUGUCGAAUACACAUUCGUCCAGGUCUCCAUUGGCAGUCCAAAACUUGACUUUACAGGCAACUGCGGGAAUAUAUGCUCAGGAGUGGGACCAUUCGCGGUGGACGAAGGACUCGUCGUGGUUCCUCCUGGAGCUGAACAUGUCGAUGUUCGCAUUCUCAACACCAACACUGGGCGUGUGAUUGUCGAGACCAUGGAAGUUGAUGAGGAUGGACACUACGUCGAAGAUGGAGAUCUGACACUUCCUGGCACUCGAGCCGCGGGAAGCCGGAUCGAUGUUGCUUUUGAGAAGCCCGCAGGCUCCAUGACGGGACUGAUGCUUCCAUCCGGUCAACCGACAGAAUUCUUGCACAUUCCCGGCACGAUCGUGCGGCCAUCCGCCGACGUGACUGUGAGUCUCGUUGAUGCUGCGAAUCCCUUCGUUCUUGUUGAUUCGAAAUCGAUACCGGAAAGCAUCAUGGCCACCGGCGCAGACUCCGCAUUUUUCUUGGACUUCAUCGAAGCUGUCCGUUGCCGUGGUGCUGUCCAAAUGGGCCUCGCCGCAGAUCUGGCCGCGGCAGCAAAGACACGCGGAACACCCAAAAUUGCCAUGCUCUCCGAGCCGGCUCUGACCAUCGACAGUGGCAAGGAGAUACCCGAUGUCGAGGUCACCGCAUUCAGUAUGGGAAAGGUGCACGGCAGUCUCCAGCUUACGGGCGCCGUAUGCCUCGCUUCUGCCAUUUGCACACCUGGCACAAUAGCAAACACCAUCGCAAAGAAGGCCGAGCAAUACCGAAUCGCAACAGGUUCGGUGGUCACAUCCCGUCGGGACAGCGGAACGGACGAAGGCACCACAUCGCGAAAAGUGAACCUUCGACAUCCCACUGGCACAAUCGGCGCUGAAGCACAGUUGCGCGACGGAGAGGUCGAGAGCGUCAAGCUGUGGCGGACGGCUCGACGGUUGUUUGAAGGAAAUGUGUGCUUCGUAGCAUAG